GUUACAUUUGGGGCGGAGGGAUUUCUAAGCGGUAAGAGAAGAAAGUCGAGAACAUGAAAAAUGGCAUCGGUAAAAAGUUCGAAUAUUUCCGUCGAACCUUUCGAUGGACGUGGCGAUUUUACUCUGUGACAACAACGAGUAAAAAGUGUUCUUACUCGGAAAGGGACAAUCAAAGCUCUGAAGGUGAAGGUUCAAAGGACAGAAAAAAUGACGGAUGCUGAGUGGGUUAAACACCGGAAGAACGACAAACCGGAAAAAUUGUCGGAAGAAGAGUGGGAAGAUUUGAAGGACAUGGCAACAAGUACAAUAUGCCUAUGCCUUGCAAAUAAUACUUUUCGAGAGGUUCUCGGUUUGACGGACCCGGUUGAUAUUUGGGACAAGCUGGAGAGCCGGUACAAGCCGAAAUCGUUGACAAGUAGGCUAUACUUGAAAAAACGAUUAUUUGGUCUCCAAAUGGCGGAGGAAGCUAACUUUAAUGGGCACUUGGAUGAAUUCAACAAGAUUACAAAAGAGUUGGAAUCCAUUGAUGUGAAGAUUGAAGAGGAGGACAAGGCGCUGCUUUUGUUGGCUUCAUUGCCUUCAUCUUUUGACAACAUCCUGACCACGCUUUUGUUUGGAAAAGAGACCUUAAAAUUUGAUGAAGUAGUUGCUGCGUUGUUGAUGAACGAGACUCGGCGGGGUGGCAAUGGGGUAUCAAACGACGGUCAAGCUUUGGUAGCAACUAGAGCUGGUCGGGAACGAGGACGGUCUAAAGGGAGGGGCGGCGCGUCCCAACGCUUCAAAUCGAAUAGUAAAAGCUUUCGGUGUUACUACUGCGAUGAAGAGGGUCAUUUCAAAAGGGAUUGUCCAAAGAGGAGGAAGGAAAAGAAGGACGGGAAAACACCCGUGAUUGCGGUUGUAGAAAGUUCGAACCAAGAAAGUGAAGAAGACUUGUUUUUGGCAACCACAAAGAGUCUAGGUAAAUCGGAUUGGAUAUUAGAUUCGGAUUGUUUGUUUCACAUGUGUUCAGUUAAGGAAAAGUUUGAUACGUAUCAAACUUGUGAUGGGGGUGCUGUGAAGAUGGAAAAUGCUGCACGGAGCAAAAUUGCAGGGGUCGGAACAGUGCAAGUUCGCAUGUUUGAUGGCGUGCGUGUUAGCAUAUUUUUGUUUCUCGGAGCAGCUCCUGGAAAGAUUUUUUUAAGAAGAGAGAAGAAUUGCACAAGCUUGCUAUUUGGGACCAUACACGAGAUUUUGUGCCGGCGGAUUGUAAUAAGGUCUUCUGUUGUCACGACAAUCACAUCGGUUCUUGUAAUCCUGGCACCAGUGAUGACACCAAGUGCGAUAACCUCUGCUUUCAAAGCGAUUGUGGCAAGGGCGGGAAAUGCAAGAUCUUAGGCAAAAAACCCCCUAACCAUUUUUGUCAUUGCUUUUGCUAGCUUGCAGCUAGAACGAAAGCCGCGCCAUGGCUAUUAUACAAUACAAUACAAGACUGUAGUAUUU